CCAGAGGUUUUAUACUUUAAUGUCUUAUGCGUCAGGUGACCCGGCAGAGACUGACUACACCGCAGUGGGCUGCGCCGUGACCACCAUCUCCUCCAAUCUGACGGAGAUGUCAAAGGGAGUCAAACUGCUGGCCGCUCUCAUGGAGGAUGAAGGAGCAAAUGGGCAACAGCUGCUCGGCGCAGCUAAGAACCUGGCCUGUGCUGUGUCUGACAUGCUGAAGACGGCUCAACCAGCAAACACAGAGCCACGUCAGAACCUGCUGCAAGCUGCCGGGAACGUUGGUCAGGCCAGUGGAGAACUGCUGUCACACAUCGGAGAGACAGACACGGACCCACAGUUCCAGGUUGGACCUCUACUCUGACUGACAAUGGUUUCAGUUUAAGUUAUUUUAAUGGCAGUACUCAGAUAGUUAAGUUCCCGUUGGACUUAUGAGAUGAACUAACCCGUGCAUGGGAUUCACCAAAACAUGUAUUCCAUCAUUUUUCACAAGUCCUGAGUAUAGAUUCAACACCAAGGACCUGUUCUUUCAUCCUGUGUGUUUGUUACAUGAGAACAUUUUCAGAUGCGCAAACAGAUCAGUACCACUGGAAGUC